AUGUCGACCCUGAUGCCCACCUUUGCUCCGUUCGUCCCCUCCACUGACUCAUGGGAUGCCUACUUAGAGAGAUUCAAUUGUUUCCUGCAGGCAAACGACUUAUCGGACAUCUCCAGCGCUCGGAAGCAUGGCUAUUUCUUAAGCUCUUGUGGCAGCGAAGUUUUCAACGUCGCUCGAUCACUUGCAGCGCCUCAACCGCUAUGUGAAUUGUCCUGGGAGGUUUUGCUUGAUAAACUCCGAGGGCACUAUGCUCCUGCGCCCUCCCGUAUCGUCCGCCGCCACGCUUUUCGCUGUUGUUUCCAAUCUGAUUCUGCUACGAUUAAUGACUUCAUAUCCUCCCUGAGGACUGCUGCUUUACACUGCGAGUUCCUGGACCUCGAAAACAUGUUGUUAGACCAAUUCGUCUACGGGGUCAAGGACUUAAAGCUCCAACGCCGCCUCCUUGCUCGGAAGGACUUGACUUUCCAACUGGCCAUGGAUGAAGCGAGAGCAGCCGAAAUGGCCGAAAAGUCCGCUGCAGAGCUUCACCGGUUCCGACCGGGAACGGUGAACGAGAGCGGUCCAGUUUCUAUCCAUUUUGGAGACGCCGCCCAAGGAAGCUCGUCGGGAGAAGAAGCUGAGGUGAGCCGCCUCAACCUUACAUCUAAACGGGCAAGCCUCCCUGAGAGUAAGCGUUCCCAACCUCGAUGCCUUGGCUGUGGCGGUGAGCACGCGAGGGAGGACUGCAAGUUCAAGUCCGCUGUUUGUCGCCGUUGCGGAAAGCGCGGCCACCUGGCCAGGGUUUGCCGGGCUACUCUGCCGGUCCAGGAUGUCGGCCGCAGUCCGGUUCGAUGGCGGGGACAAGUCAAGACGCUUGCUCCCCGCCAAAGAGAGUAUGCCACUGUGGCCCAUUUUGAAGAUGAUGUCCCUGUCAGCUACGCAGCUUCCGCGUCAUCGUCCGACAAGAUCUAUGUCACCGUCAACUUGGAGGGGGCGCCGUGCACUAUGGAGGUGGACACGGGGUCGUCCCGGUCACUUAUCGCUUGGUCUACACUGCAGCGACUUCUACCUGGUGUCUCCAAGGCCAGCCUGAAACCCUGCGCUGUCACAUUGAGGGACUACCAGGGGGGGGCUAUUCCUACUGUGGGGGUUGGCAAAUUCCGGGUGGCAUAUCAUGGCUUCAAUGACCACCUCCCACUAAUUGUUGUUAAGGGCGACCGGCCUUGCCUUUUGGGGCUCGACUGGUUCACCGCCUUGGGCCUGCACAUCGCCGGGGUCCACAACACACGCCUGGAUGUCACCUCCAUGCUGGCUGCUGAAUUCGCAGAUGUUUUUGAUGAGAGCCUGGGUAAAUAUCGGGGGUCCCCCAUUUCCCUGAACUUAGAUCCCCAGGUGGCGCCCAUACGGCUCAAACCAAGACGGGUUCCCCUGGCGUUGAGACCGAAGGUGGAUGAGCAGCUUGACCGCUUAAUAGCCCAAGGGGUUUUAAUUCCGAUAGAUCACGCGAAAUGGGAAACCCCUAUUGUCAUUCCCCUUAAGCCGGAUGGAUCCGUGAGGAUCUGUGCCGACUACAAGGGGACUAUUAAUAAGGCCCUGCAGGCAAAUCCUUACCCGGUGCCGGUAGUCCAGCACCUCCUCCACUCCCUGGGAAAGGGCCGCAUCUUUGCUAAAUUGGACAUGGCCCAGGCUUAUCAACAGCUCCCGGUGGAUGACGAAACGGCAUUGGCCCAAACGAUCGUCACCCACCGGGGAGCUUUUAAAUGCACGAGACUUCAAUUCGGGGUCAGUGUAGCGCCAGGAAUAUUCCAGGGUAUCAUGGAACGCCUGCUCCAUGAGAUUCCGGGGGUGGUCCCUUACUUUGAUGACGUAAUUGUCUCGGCCAGGGAUAUGUCAGAGCUUGUCACCAAAGUAAGUGACCAUAAGCCCCUUCUAGGCUUACUGGCCGGUGACCGACCCACCCCCCAAAUUCUCUCCCCGAGAAUGUCUCGGUGGGCCGAAUUUCUAGCAGCCUAUUCGUACCGUUUGGUACAUAGGCCGGGAAAAGAAAUUGGCCAUGCCGAUGCCCUCAGUCGCUGUCCACUCCCCGCCCACGUUAGGGAUCCGGCCCCCUCGAUGCCCAUUCUUCUGAUUGAGGAAUCAGAUUGCCCGGUAGCGGCUUCCGACAUAUGCUGGGAGUCUGGAAAGGACCCCGUAAUGUCCCAAGUCAUUGACUGGGUUCGGAGGGGUUGGCCCCAGGGGACAGUGGCCCCUGAAUUCCUACCAUACGUCCGCAGACGCGGCGAACUGUCCACCCAGUCAGGAUGCCUGCUCUGGGGACAUAGGGUGGUAGUUCCCCCCACUCUACGGCCCCAAAUAUUGUCAUGUCUCCAUGUGGCCCACCCUGGUAUCGGGCGCAUGAAAGCCCUGGGGCGAAGCUAUGUUUGGUGGCCAAAUUUAGACCAAGAGAUAGAAUCCUGGGUGGGACGGUGUCACCCUUGUCAAUCCUCCCGAGCAGCGCCCCCUGCCGCGCCAGUCCGGGACUGGGAGACACCGAGGGGCCCUUGGGCACGGAUCCACGCGGAUCUCGCUGGCCCUUUCCAGGGACGGACCUUCCUCGUAGUGGUCGACGCGUACUCCAAGUGGGUAGAAUUAGUCCUGACGCCGUCGACCACUGCUGACUCUAUCAUCAAGGUCCUAGACAAGUUAUUUUCCACCCAUGGGUUGCCUGAUGUUCUAGUUACUGACAACGACCCUCAAUUUUUUGCAGCUGCCUUCCAGCUGUUUUUAGCCAGGCUUGGCAUCCGCCACGCCCCCACGGCUCCGUUCCACCCAGCGGCUAACGGCCUUGCAGAACGGGCCGUGCGAUCGGCAAAAGACGCUUUGGGCCAUCUACGCCGUCUGCGUACCGUCCUGGACAGGUUGCACCCCACGUACGGUUCCGACAGGGUCCCUGCCCACGAGGGUCGGGUCCGUAGUUUCGGUAUUGAGGACUUAGUAUAUGCACAAAAUUUUGGGGAUGUUCCGCAAUGGCUACCCGGACACAUAAUACAAUUGUCUGGGCCCUAUUCUUAUAGGGUCCUCCUUGAGGAUGGGCGAAUCUGGCGGCGCCACAUUAACCAAUUAAGGCGUCGCCUGCCCACCGGUGAAGACGACCUCCAGCGUUCAACUCUUCACCAAGACGCCCGUCUCAACCCGGAAGAACCGACACCCGGGCAGACCCCGGACGCCACCGGAGUAACCCAACAAUGA